GUACUCUUAUUUUGAAACCGGGAAGGUGGAAAAUACGUCGCUAUGUUUACGGAUGAAACUUUGCAAAGAUUAGCUUGUUAGCAACUGUCUGCCUUCUUUAUCUGCGAUGGAGGGGUCCGAUACAUACCUCAUUCGACCGAAUCAUCAGUAUAAGUUUAAGCCAGCCAUUGUGAAGGAGUGCAUUCGUGAAAUUGUGAGGGAGCGACUGUCAGGGAUGCGGUACGACCCAGAAGAAGUCCCAGAGCUGUCCCGUUCACUGGGAGAAUGCGUUAAGGACAAAGUGAAGAGUUCAGGGUUUGACAAAUAUAAGCUGGUCGUGCAAGUGGUAAUUGGAGAACAACGCGGACAAGGAGUCAAGAUGUCUUCAAGAUGUUUAUGGGAUGCCGACACAGACAACUAUGCAGAAGAUAUUUUCCUGAACGACAGCUUGUUCUGUAUGGUGGCAGUUUUCGGAAGCUAUUACUACUGAGGACAUAAGGAUGGAUGACAGAAAUCUUCCAGAUGAAAAAUUGUGAGGUGAACAUCCAAAUAAGACCGCUCCCCUCCAACACUUUCAGGCCCACGGUGCGUUGUUCUGAAGUAACUGUAUGGAAUUGCUGCAUCUUGAGAUCAAGACGGAUGACAUCCAGUGUAGAAGUGAUGGAUAUCCGUGUUGAUACUGUAUGAGGAUGAAGAUGAGGGAUUUCCUGACUUGGCAAGAUGAUUAUUGAAGACUGAGGCCUCUUUGAAAAGUGAUCAGCUGUUUAGUUUGAAGGGUUAACAGAUUAAAAACGUCUCCACCAAUAUUUCCUGGCACAUUUUAUUGUGUAUUCAGCAGACCUGCUUGGUUACUAGAAUGCUAAUGAUGCAGCAGAGUGUGUUUUUGUACGCUUUGGGUGCUUGACUUAGCACAGCAGCUACAGUAGAGGUCAGUAUUUGUCUCUAAUUAUCAACAUCAUGACAGAUCAUUACCGCUGGCCAGCUACUGUAAGUAUACUGGAUAUUUGUUUUUUUUCUUUUCACAUGCAGCUGGUCAUUUAAAUAUAGUAAAGCCAAGUUGUAACUGCUUAGAAAAUACAGGGGAGAUUCUGCUCAUCGCUCAGCACAGAUGUGAUCUGUUCUCUUUUCUCUUCUCUCAAGUGGAGCAGAAGCUGGACUCACAUGUUUAGGUCCGCUGCUUCAUGUGCGUUGAUUUAAGUCAGUUUCAUGUUUUUAUUGAUACAUCCACUUUUCUUUCUUUAGUGUUUUUCUUGUUUACGCUAUUUAGACAUUUUUUCUAUGUCAGUGAGUGACAUCAAAACACAUUUCCGAUAAUUGUAAAUAACUGAAUUAUAAAUCACAUGCACAACUUCUAGGUUUUAACAUUCCUAUGUUGCUUUAAAAAAACUGAAAAUGUUUUGUCUUUUUUUUUUUUUCUUCAUUUAACUACAGUAUUUGCAGCUAUUGCUAGUUUUCUGUCGGUCAAAGAUAAUUGUGUCCAACAGUAAAACGUUUCCCAACAA